AUGCUCAACCUGUCCGUACGAGAACUUCCCGCAAGUGAACACAUUCAACGCGUUCUAGUCGAUUUAGAGUUGACAGGGCCUAGUCGCAAAAAGUUUAGCCAAGCACUCGUGCUGAUCUGUUUCACAAGUACCAACGACGCGCAAAGCUUGGAGGAUCUAUGUGGUUACGACGAAGACGAUGUAAUCGGCCUAGUGAGGCAGAAAAUGCGAGACUUGCAGACUGGCUCUGACGACGACACAUGGAAGCACCAAGUUGCAUUAAUUCGAUGUGUCUUGGAGCAGUCUCGUGCUAUGAAGAGUUACCAUCAACAAGAGAUUUUCGAUUUCACUCGGACAUUUCAGCAAAACCGGAAGACAUACCUGUCUAUGGUCGGUAUCGGGUCUGAGGUAACCUAUGUGGAGAUCGCCAAGCUUGCAGGAAUCAUCAGACAAUGCAAGUUGCUGCAGAGGGAACCAAGCAUGGACAAUCUACAACAAUUUCUGCGACCAGAGUAUUUACCUAUUCGCACACUCGAGAGUCUGCCAUGGGAAGCGCAAUGUGGCCUUUCCUAUGGGGAUGCUCAGAAGUUCACGGCGUUUACCGCUAGCGUUGCGCGCGAGUUCAGUUGCACUUGGGACGACGGUCAUGAGGCCCUCUUCAUCAUCUUUCGACGCCUCCAAAGUACUCGACUAGGGCUUCCUGGGGACUAUUUGCACUCCGUACGCAAUCGUCUCCGGAACAGCAUUCGAGAUUGCCAAACGCCGAGCCGGCUAGUGUUGUAUGUGGUUGCCUCCUUCGCUUUGAGCAAGGAUGAGCUGACUCAACACUCCAUACAUGAGUUUCUGAAUCUGCAGACCAACGAUGUAUCGCGUGCGACGAUCAACUCCUUGACCCGCGCGUUAGACAAAUCAAUGAGGUCCUGGCCUAUAUGGAGAGGGCAGGCUGCGAAGUUCAUGUCGGUUCUGUUGGGGGAGGCGAUUAACGUCAAGGACAUGAGAAACAUGUGUACCAAAGAAGGAAGCACAUGCAUUGACUGGGAUGACUAUUGGUAUACAAGAUUUGAUGGCCAGACUAGCCAUGAUUCUGCAAAAGCUAUUGUGUGUGAUAAGUUGUAUAGAAAAUAA